AUGGCAUAUGAGGCACCUACAUGGUGGGUAGCACAGGGGCAUCUGUACCACCCUAGGACAGAGUCAAUGACAGUGGUGCACCACGGGCACUCAUCAGUGUGCGUGCGCGCGCUCGUUUGCGUGCGCGCGCGCACACACGCGCGCACGCGCGCACGGAGACCAUACCCCAGACAGUUUGAGAAUAGGAUUAGUGCAAUUUUGAAAGUAACUCAUCAGCUCAUGGCAGAAGUUGCCGCCCCCCCCCCUGCCCUUUCGCCCGCCCUUUCGCCCGCCCUUUCGCCCGCCCUUUCGCCCGCCCUUUCGCCCGCCCUUUCGCCCGCCCUUUCGCCCGCCCUUUCGCCCGCCCUUUCGCCCGCCCUUUCGCCCGCCCUUUCGCCCGCCCUUUCGCCCGCCCUUUCGCCCGCCCUUUCGCCCGCCCUUUCGCCCGCCCUUUCGCCCGCCCUUUCGCCCGCCCUUUCGCCCGCCCUUUCGCCCGCCCUUUCGCCCGCCCUUUCGCCCGCCCUUUCGCCCGCCCUUUCGCCCGCCCUUUCGCCCGCCCUUUCGCCCGCCCUUUCGCCCGCCCUUUCGCCCGCCCUUUCGCCCGCCCUUUCGCCCGCCCUUUCGCCCGCCCUUUCGCCCGCCCUUUCGCCCGCCCUUUCGCCCGCCCUUUCGCCCGCCCUUUCGCCCGCCCUUUCGCCCGCCCUUUCGCCCGCCCUUUCGCCCGCCCUUUCGCCCGCCCUUUCGCCCGCCCUUUCGCCCGCCCUUUCGCCCGCCCUUUCGCCCGCCCUUUCGCCCGCCCUUUCGCCCGCCCUUUCGCCCGCCCUUUCGCCCGCCCUUUCGCCCGCCCUUUCGCCCGCCCUUUCGCCCGCCCUUUCGCCCGCCCUUUCGCCCGCCCUUUCGCCCGCCCUUUCGCCCGCCCUUUCGCCCGCCCUUUCGCCCGCCCUUUCGCCCGCCCUUUCGCCCGCCCUUUCGCCCGCCCUUUCGCCCGCCCUUUCGCCCGCCCUUUCGCCCGCCCUUUCGCCCGCCCUUUCGCCCGCCCUUUCGCCCGCCCUUUCGCCCGCCCUUUCGCCCGCCCUUUCGCCCGCCCUUUCGCCCGCCCUGUAA